UCUCGCGCUUCUAUUUCUCUCGCUCUCUAGCAGAUCCCUUUCCAGACACCUUCCGGCAGGUUGUGAGUUGGGUCGAAAGGACCCCAGAUUCGGAUUCAACAAGUCACGUGUCAUCUUCUCGAGCAGUACGUGGCUGCUUACUUGCCUGCCAGUCGGCGGCGCAUGGACUUGCAGGCGGCGGCACGUGGAGGCCGAGAAUCCAAUAGUUAUGGCUCAAGGUGCGGUGGGUUUGCAAUUUUAUCCAAAUUCGUGUUCUUUAAUGAUUCGAAAAUUGGUUCAAUGGAGACACAACAGCUUCCUCACCCCUUUCUGCACUCUAUCUCUCUUUGCCAAAUCAACUGAACAAAGCCAAGUUGCUACUACUUCAGCCUCCAAAGUUGCCCAUCACUUGCCUUUUUCUGGUUUAGUGCUGGAUGAUAUUUUUGUUGGGUAUCUUUUUGGCAAGAAAAAGACCACUGAAGUUGCUCAUUUGGUAUGGAGGCAGGUCAUCCAAAAAGGUGACACACUUGUUGAUGCCACUUGUGGCAAUGGUUAUGAUACCUUAGCAAUGGCCAAGAUGAUUGUUGAUAGCUCAUAUAAUGGUCAUGUAUGUUCCAUGGAUGUUCAGAAAGUUGCACUGGAAAAUACUUCAGCUUUGCUAAAUGAAUGUCUUACCCCAGAAGAGAAAAGACUUGUUGAGCUCUUUGACAUUUGCCAUAGUAAAAUGGAGGAAGUUGUUCCAAAGGGUGUCCCAGUGAGGCUAGUUGCAUUCAACUUGGGCUACCUUCCUGGCAGUGACAAAGCAAUAAUAACAAGGCCAGAAACAACAUUACAGGCUUUGGAAGCUGCCAAGAGAUUGCUAGCACCUGGGGGCCUCAUCAGCAUAGUAGUUUACAUAGGCCAUCCUGGGGGAAGGGAGGAAUUUGAGGCAAUAGAAGGUUUUGCUGCUGCAUUGCCAGCUGAGAGUUGGAUCUGCAGCAAGCUUCGAAUGCUCAACCGACCAGUGGCUCCAAUUCUUGUUCUUUUGUUCAAGAGAUGAAAUAUUAUUAUUUUUUUCUUUUUUCUUUUUUGUUUUGGUAGCAUGGUGUCCAAACCUAUGGCCCAAUUAAUCUUCACGGGUCCAUUUAAUCGUCUCGUCCUCAUGCACCAAGACUUCAUUCAAGCAGAUGUUGAGCAUUACCUCAAGAAAAAGAAACUCAUAGUUCCCAUAAUUCAAAACUAAGUCGACCGUGUUUGAAAGUUGCUAAGUCCUGUUUAAGAAAGGAGAUGAUCUUCAGCAAAACCAGUUGGUAUGUUACGUGUGUUUUUUUUUUUUUAAUAGAUAAAUCCCCCCCUCCCGCUGGGCGGCUCUUGCCACGAAGAGGCAUGGGAAGAGGGAAGGAGUGUUGAUCGGUUGAUGUGGUACAUUAGCAUGUUGUUUCUGUAGGUUAUUCAGAUGGUGACAACUCAUGGAUCGCUUGCUUGAACUAGAGAAUAUUGAUCCACGCUUAAUAACCCUUUAUAGAGUUCAAGCAAGCAAAUGGUCAUAUGAGGGGAUGUUGGAAUUUGUUUGUACCAUCUAGUUCUUUGGCGCAGGUAUGAGAUGCUUCUGUGAGAGUGCAUGAGCAUGAUUGUCGCGUCUCUUGUUUGGUAAUAUAUUAGUAAUAAUUGUGUUGCAAUGCGUCAUUAUAGAAGUGGAUUGCUCUAUUCACUUCUUAAUUUGAUUGACAUGUUUGUAGUUCUUAAUUAAGAGGUAACCUGGCGAACAAGGCCCUUUCCUCCUGUAAUGUACAUGCUUUUAGUGAUAAAGUGCAACUCGAAUCCUUUAUAACAUUUAGUUGCAAUAUUU